AAAUGCCGGUCUCCAGUGCAUGAUGGGUAAUUAGUCGCGAAGGGCCGCUGUGGUGACUCUGUGACUGUGUGUGUCUACAUUGCGGUAUUUGUUGGGUAAUAAACUCAGCAAUUUAAGCGGCUGGUGUAAAAGGCUGCGUCGAAAAAUCUGCUUGCUUCUACAUAAUGGGUGAAGAACGGGAUCUCGACAAAGACAAGGACCGGAGACGAAGACGCAGUCGAUCUCGGUCCAGGAGCCGUGAGCGCAGGCGUCGUUCCAGGUCCCGGGAAACUAGGAGGAGAAGCCGAAGCCGUAGCAGAGACAGAGGCGCAGCUGGAGGAGCAAAAAAGUCACGCAGAAGGAAGCCCUCCAUUUACUGGGAUGUGCCGCCUCCUGGCUUUGAGCACAUCACUCCCCUUCAGUACAAGGCCAUGCAAGCGUCUGGUCAGAUUCCGGCCACUAUGCUGGCAGCUACGGGUGCUAUAGCCACAGUGGGCGGGACUACCACGACCAUAGGCGGAGGAGGCCUUGGAGGAGGGGGAGCAGGACCUGUUGCACAGGCAAUCAUCCAACCACCAGCCGCUGUGCCCAUUGUAGGCGGCACAAUCACACGUCAGGCACGGCGGCUCUAUGUGGGAAACAUACCUUUUGGCUGCUCUGAGGAGGAAAUGAUGGACUACUUCAAUGCCCAGAUGCAUGCCUGUGGUUUCUCCCAAGCACCAGGCAACCCUGUGCUAGCUUGCCAGAUCAACCUGGAUAAAAACUUUGCAUUUUUAGAGUUUCGAUCAAUUGAUGAGACAACCCAGGCCAUGGCAUUUGAUGGAAUCAACUUCAAGGGCCAAAGCUUGAAGAUCAGGCGGCCCCAUGAUUAUCAGCCAAUGCCGGGCAUGUCUGAGACUCCAUCGGUCGCCGUUCCAGGUGUUAUUUCAACGGUAGUGCAGGACUCUCCUCAUAAAAUAUUCAUUGGGGGAUUGCCGAACUAUCUAAACGAAGACCAGGUCAGGGAGCUCUUGAUGUCAUUUGGACAGCUACGUGCAUUCAAUCUUGUGAAAGACAGCGCUACUGGACUCUCCAAGGGCUAUGCAUUUUGCGAGUACGUGGAGGUUGCUACAACGGACCAGGCCAUUAUGGGACUCAAUGGAAUGCAACUUGGUGAUAAGAAACUGAUUGUGCAAAGAGCAAGUGUCGGUGCCAAGAACAGUCAAAUGAACCAAGCCCCAGUGCAGAUUCAAGUACCAGGUUUGCAGCUUCAGGGUGGCGCAGGCCCUCCAACAGAGGUGCUGUGCCUCAUGAACCUCGUGUGCCCCGAAGAGCUGAAGGAUGAAGAGGAGUAUGAGGAUAUUCUUGAGGACAUUCAUGAGGAAUGCAACAAGUACGGCGUCGUCAAAAGCAUUGAGAUACCCCGACCAAUCGAUGGUGUCGAAGUGCCUGGUUGCGGAAAGGCCUACGUUGAGUUCAAUUCUGUCAUCGACUGCCAGAAGGCACAGCAGAGCUUGACGGGGCGCAAAUUCAGCAACCGUGUGGUUGUAACGUCCUACUUCGACCCGGACAAGUACCACCGUCGAGAAUUCUAAGCAGUCCACCCAACAACCGCAGCUUGGUCUCUACCCUCUGCCAUCUUCAUCUUUCGCUUGAUAUUCUGUUUCUGCUGCACUCUUGUGGGCAUGUGUUCUAAAGUGCAACCCUGUAGUAGCUCAUGCCCGCAAGCA